CUGCUCUGUGAUAAUCUAACAACAUGAUAAUCCAAGGUUUCAAUGGUGUAACAUAACUAUGGACGUUUCCUUGAGUAGAACUCGUUUGAAGCUCUAUGUCACUCCAUGACACGCUAUCCCUGGUAGUCCCUGUCAAACGUCGACUAUAGUAUACCUUUCCAUGCUUGUAGCAAUUCAAUGUGGACAAAAUGAGGUAUAUAUGCAUCAUGGUCCAGGUUGUGAAGAGCAUUGUGAGGAGGAUAAACCACGUUGGUGUGACAAUAAAAGGCGAGAAGGCUGUUUCUGUAAACCAGGGUACGUAAGGUGCAAUGGGAAUGGAACAUGCAUCAUACCAGAUUGUGAUUGGUCAACUUGGACGUUUGGUGAUGACGAAAGAUGUGAAGAUUGCUCAAACAAUUGUGGAGGGGGCAUUGCUAAUUGCACAAGAAUCAGAACAAGAACCGGACCGAAUUGCACUCCUAAAACACAAUCUCAAUUGCACACUACAACUAAGAUUUGCAAUACACAACCCUGUUGUACAUGGUCCCCCUGGACUACUUGGAGCGAGAGUUGCCCACAUUGCCCUAGUUGUGGUGGUGGUUCUGUUAGAUGUACACGGACGAGGACCAGACAGGGUCAGGGGCAGUAUUGCCAACAACCACGAGAUUCUCAAAGCGAGACAUUAAUUAAGAUAUGUGACGAAAACUGUUGCUGGUCCAAUUGGAGUCCUUGGAGUAAAAAUUGCCCUCCUUGUCCAACUUGUGGUGGAGGGCCGAAUACAUGUAAACAGACUAGAACCAGACAAAGUGAGCAUUGCACGCCGACUUCUCAGGAAAAGAACACCGUAUCAACCGAAGUAUGUCCCAAACGAU